AUGGCUUUGGGAUGUGUACUACAAAGCAGUAAAAUCAUGCUGUUUAGUCCUGUGGGAGAUGCAAUGACCAUACAAAUUGUGAAGAACUACACAGCUGUUGUGGGAAAAAGUUUCACCUUGACUUGUACACUAAUUAUACCUCCAACAGCCUUGCUAGUUGUUUGGCAAAAAGCUAAUUUUACAGAUUCCAUAGCUUUCUUACAUAAAUCAGGUGUUCCAGAAAUGUCUGAAAAAUACAGCAGUCGAAUAAAUAUUACAAACUUGAAUUUUGAAGGAUUUGCCAUCACAAUACAUGGCCUAAAAAUGGAAGACGCAGGAUGUUACAAGUGCAAAAUCAUCGCAAAGCCAUAUGAUUAUAAAGAAGAGGAAACCUGUCUCACAAUCUAUGCAGGAGAUCCUUUUGCUCUCAAAGGAAUGGAAAGAAUGCGCAAUAGAUGCAUAACUUUAGUUAUGCUGAUGGUAGUAUGUGUUAUAUUGGCUAUAUAUAUGAUUGCCCUUUACUGGAAACGGUAUUAUGGAUGUGGUACUGACAUCUGUGAAAAAAUGUAUGAAAAAGAGGAAAUAGAUGGGCAAGAAGAAUUGAAAGUGAACAAUUAUCAAAGUGUAAAGAGAUUUUGCAUAAACAUUGGCUCUAGGUGA